GAGGCUCGGGGUAGCUAGCAGGUGCCCCAGGAAAGGGUCUUCUCUGUGGCAGCCCCUAAGCUGCAGGACUGCUUCCCACUGUACAGCUUCUGGAGGAUGCGAAGAUGCGCCUCUCUCACCCUGACCUUGGACACUUAAGGUGUAUAUAUUUAGGACCCACCGUAUCUCUCUGGUGGCAAGUUGUUUGAACUGUUUUCAAUAUUGUCUUUUAAAGUUGCAACCAUGGGACCUUGGGCUGAAGGACAGGAAGUAAAUAAAUGCUCCUCUCUCUUUCCGGGCCAGCCUGUCAGCUGGAAAAACCCUGGAGACUUGCUUCUGAAGCCCAGGCCAGCUGGGUCCUUCUUUCUUGGGGAGACCUGCUCUCUUGUUUCCCAGGCUCUGCUCCUAUCUCCAUCUUUGCUGUUUCACCCCCAAUUCUCAGGUCCCCCCUUUUCCUUACCAUCCUUACCUUACCAGUAAGAGCUGUUUGGCAGAGGUUGGUGGUGCAUUCUCCUUCCUUGGGUGGCCUCUCGACACGGCUGCUUUAGCGGAGAGUCCUGCAUUGUAGGGGGUUGGACUAGAUGACCCUAGUGCAACUAGGAUCAUAGAAUCCUAGAGUUGGAAGAGACCACAAGGGCCAUCCAGUCCAACCCCCUGCCAAGCAGGAAACACCACCAAAGCAUUCUUGACAUAUGCCUGUCAAGCCUCUGCUUAAAGACCUCCAAAGAAGGAGACUCCACCACACUCCUUGGUAGCAAAUUCCACUGUCGAACAGCUCUUACUGUCAGGAAGCUCUUCCUAAUGUUUAGGUGGAAUCUUCUUUCUUUUCCCUUCCACCUCUACUGCUCUAGGCCUCUUUGAAAUUUUGUAUCUGCAUUUUUAGAUCUUAUUUUGAUUUAUGUAUAAAUUGUUUCAAUUUGGUUGUGUACUUUUUGAUGUGUUUUACUGAUCUCUAACUUUUGUAAUGUUUGUGAUUAUGUAAAGCUUAGCAUGUUGCUUUAACUAUGGAAAAGUGGCAUGCAAACAAAAUGAGGAAGACGAGGAGAAACAGGCCCAAAGUCUCCCACUUGCUUUCUACUGAUGGUUACCUAAAAACUUCCUUGUUCCUCUUCCCAAUAUCCAGCAACUGGUCAGCCCCCAGUUUCCCCUCCUGGGACCCCCUGCCCCCCUUCAGCCAAGUCUCUCCACUCUCCCUGACCACAGCCCCAAUGCUGGCUAGUGGGGAGUGGUCCCUGGCGACCCCCGGCUGGAAUUGGGGGGCUGCCCCUCCCCAAGGGUCUUGGAGAUGGCCUUGUAUCAGAGCCUCCGCUUGUGACUCAGGAGGCCGGUCACUGCCUCUCAGCCUAACCUACUGGAUGAAAUGGGGAGGCAGAGAACUCUGCACAUGACCUGGAGCUCCUUGGAGGGGGAAACGUGGGAUAGAAAUGCAACAGCAGUGAUAAUCUGCCCCUUCUCCCUGUGUCCCAAUCAGGGUCUGACGGGAGCCGGGCAGCUCAGCGAACCCCAUGGAGGUCAGUGGGAGCCACUAUGGCGAUUAUCAUCGCCUCCCAGACUACGAAGAGGAAGACUCUCCCCCCGAGGAUGAGAAGGAGCUGCUGGUGCACGUCACAGAGGGGCUGAAAGAUUCCUGGCAUCACAUCAAGAACUUGGACAACUUCUUCACCAAAAUCUACCAUUUCCACCAAAAGAACGGCUUUGCCUGCAUGAUGCUCUCUGACAUCUUUGAGCUGGUGCAGUUCCUGUUUGUGGUCACCUUCACCACCUUCCUCCUGUGCUGUGUGGAGUAUGACGUGCUCUUUGCCAACCGACCUGUCAAUCACACUCACCACGGAGGGGGCGCCAUCCCCGAGAGGAACAAGGUGACGCUGCCUGAUGCCAUCCUGCCCACGCCUCAGUGCGCCCAGAGGAUCCGUUCCAGCGGCUGGAUCAUCUUCCUGCUGGUGAUGGCUGCCACCUUCUGGGUCUACCGCCUGGUGAAAGUCCUCUGCAGCCUCUUGGGCUACUGGGAGAUCCGCACUUUCUACACCAAGGGCCUCAAGAUCCCCUCGGAUGAGCUGUGCAACUGCAGCUGGCAGGAGGUGCAGGCGCGGCUGAUCUCUCUGCAGCGGGAGCAGCCGAUGUGCGUCCACAAGCGGGAGCUGAGCGAGCUGGACAUCCACCACCGCGUCCUGCGCUUCAAGAACUACCUGGUGGCCAUGGUGAACAAGGCGCUGCUGCCGGUGCGCUUCCGCCUGCCCCUGCUGGGCGAGGCCGUCUUCCUGACGCAGGGCCUCAAGUACAACCUGGAGCUGCUCUUCUUCUGGGGGCCGGGCUCCCUCUUCCAGGGCAAGUGGAGCCUGCAGCCCCAGUACAAGCGGGCGGGGGCCCGGCUGGAGCUGGCGCGGCGCCUGGGGCGAGGCAUGGUGCUGCUGGGCCUGGCCAACCUGCUGCUGUGCCCCUUCAUCCUGGUGUGGCAGGUGCUGUACGCCUUCUUCAGCUACACGGAGGUGCUCAAGAGGGAGCCGGGCAGCCUGGGCGCACGCCGCUGGUCCCUCUUUGGCCGCCUCUACCUGCGCCACUUCAACGAGCUGGACCACGAGCUGCAGGCGCGCCUGAGCCGCGGCUACAAGCCCGCCUCCAAGUACAUGAACUCCUUUGCCAGCCCCCUGCUGGCCCUCUUGGCCAGGAACGUCUGCUUCUUUGCCGGCUCCCUCCUGGCCGUCCUCAUCGCCCUCACCGUAUAUGACGAGGACGUUCUCACUGUCCAGCACAUCCUCACGGCCAUCACCCUCCUGGGGGUCAUUGUCACCAUCGCCAGGUCCUUCAUCCCGGAUGAGCACCUGGUGUGGUGCCCAGAGCAGCUGCUGCAGUGUGUCCUGGCGCACAUUCACUACAUGCCUGACCACUGGCAGGGCAAUGCCCAAAAGGCAGAGACGCGGGAGGAGCUGGCCCAACUCUUCCAGUACAAGGCGGUCUUCAUCCUGGAGGAGCUGCUGAGCCCCAUUGUGACCCCCUUCCUGCUCAUCUUUGCCCUUCGCGCCAAAGCCCUCGACAUCAUCGACUUCUUCCGCAACUUCUCGGUCGAGGUGGUGGGGGUGGGGGACAUCUGCUCCUUCGCUCAGCUGGACAUCCGCAACCAUGGCAACCCACAGUGGUUGUCCCAGGGCCGGACAGAGGCCUCUGUCUACCAGCAGGCGGAGAACGGCAAGACGGAGCUCUCCCUCGUCCACUUUGCCAUCACCAACCCGCGCUGGCAGCCUCCCCCUGAGAGCUCCCUCUUCAUUGGGCACCUCAAGGAGAAGGUGCAGCAGGAUGCGGCCCAUGCACCCCCUGCCCAGCGCCUCUUGGCCGAGGCCCCCCUGGGCGCCUCCUUCCUGUCGGACGAGGGUCCCUGCACUGUGCCGGAGGCCCUCCUGGCCAGUGUCCUGGCAGCGGGAAGUGGCGGUCUGGCGUCCCAGGCAGAGAGGCGCCGCUUUGGGCAGCCGGGCAGCGCAGCCGGGGCAGCCGCCAGCAUCCUGGCCUCUCUCUCCUGCUCACAGCUGCCCCGGCGGGGCGAGAACGGCGUCUACCAGAGCGACAGCACCCUCCUCGGAGACAGGUAGGGAGAGGGGAGACCUGGGUGGUCUGGGGUCCAGGUCACGCACUCGGGCGCAAGGAUGGCGGCGCUGGGUCAGGCCCAGGCCUGCUUGGCUCCGGUGCUCUGACUCCCAGAUAGGGAAGGAGGGAGCCGGUGGGGGGCUGGAAAGAGACCCUGGGGGGCUCCAUUGGGCUCUGCCCCUGCCAUUCCCCACCCUGGUUCCUUCUGCCGUCAAGAAAGGAGCCGCCUGGGCUGCAGAGGGGCGGGUGGAGGAGGAGGGUGGGUGGGGGGCCGCCCCCCGCCCAGUUCCUGCUUCUUGCAGCCGGUGUGCCAAUGGGUCCCUGCCUUUCUGUGCCCCGCCAGUGUUGCCCCGCCUGAGACGCGCCCAGGGCCCCUCAGCCGCUCAGUGCUGCUCUCCGAGUUUGCCUCGGCCGAGAUGAGUCUGCACGCCAUUUACAUGCAUGAGCUUCACCACCAGCAGCAGCACCAGACGUCGCCACGCUCGCCCUCGCAGCCCUUGGCUCAAGCAGCUUCCCCCAGGCCCUCUUCGCAUGUGCGCAGCCAGGAUCUAACCCUUGGGGGCUGGGAAGAGGAAGAAGAGUCUCGGGCACAACAGCAGCAGCAGGGGGAGAAGAGCUAGCAGCUGCCCUCGCCCUUCCCAUCGCCCCCCCUCCUCUUGACGUGAUGGCUGCCGGCGGUGACUCGCUGGACUCCCCCCCCCUCCCAGAGCGUGGUCAGCCAGAAGAGGAGAGGAGCAGGACUGGGAAUGUGCCCUUGGCUGGCUGUGGACUCUGACGGGAGACGGGGACCCCCCCCUUCCUGGCUUUGGGUGUGUGCCCUCUGCGGGGGUGAAUAAGCUAUGGGCCGGAUCAGGCCCUGCCCGGUGCUACUCAUAGAGCUAUAGGGUUCCUGAGGUCGAUGAGAGGAUGGCUGGAGCCCAAUGCCCCCCCUCUCCUUCUCGCUGCUAUAUGACUUGCGCUGUGCCCCCCUCCCUCCCUCUUGCAAAGCAGCCCUCGGGGGGCAGGGGGCUCCAGCUCAGGACACUUGGGGGACAAAUAAAUGUUUACAGAUGUGGCUAA